ACGGCUACAUCCUUUUUGUUACGUUACAAUUUGAAUUAUCACGGAGGAAGAUUUAUAACAGAGAUAUUUAAAUUCUUUUAACAAUUCAGACAGUUUGAUCUCCGAGGUAAUGUUGUUUAUAGUGUUCAGAAUAUUUAACUAGAUAGGGAUCCUUCUGAACUUUUUUUUUACAAGAAUAUUUAAUGAAGUUUUUAAAAGUUAUCAACAAACAACAUAAUAAACAGUUAUUUUAAAAAUUUAAAUAUUAUUUUAUCAUCACUUGUUUUUUUUAUUUAUAAAUUUUUACAAUAUUCUUAUUUUUUUGUCCAAUAUAUUUUGAUGAUACCUUACACAAACUACCAAAGACGAAUAUUCUCCACUCGGCGGAUGCUACUUAACAUUAAAAAAGAGUCUUUCGGACAAGACAUGUCUUCCACCAUUUCACUUCCUUCUUCUCCCAAAACCCUUUUUCAAAGUUCUCUCCUUUAUCCCCGGAACCAAAAAAAAAAAGAACUCACUUUUAUCUUCGAUUCACCCACACACUACUCCAAUGGCGCCGCCAACGGAACUUCAAGGCUCCUCCUUCCUCCGCCGAAUCAGCAUCCGCCGCAACCAGAUCGUCUCCAUGGACGUCUCUCACGACCAACACCUCGAGGAACUCGAGUACUUCCAGAAACACGUCUCCGAUUGCCUCUCUGAGUUACUCUCCCCACCUCCGCCUCCUUCCUCCUCCUCCUCCUCCGCCUCUCAGCCGUCUGAUCCGAUUCUCUCCAUCCCUUGGAUGAAGAACCUCCUCGACGUUUACAUGUCCUGCGAAACAGAGUUCAAAGGGGUCCUCUCAACGGCCCAGAUCUCAAAGUCUCCGUCUUUAGAGAAGGGCUUGCAAGAAACGCUCGAUCGGAUUUUGAAAUCGCUCGAUAUCUGUAACGCCGUAAGUAACGGCAUUGAUUCCGUUAGUCAGAGCCGUCGUCUGGCGGAGAUAGCCGUCACGGCGCUUAAACAACGGCCGUUAUGUAACGGAAGCGUUCUUAGAGCUAAACGCGCGUUAACAAGCCUCCUCGCUGGGUUAAACGCCGACGGAAAAGAUAGAAACGGCGGAAGUAGUAGCCGUCGGACAACGUCACGGUCGUGGUCGUUUGGACAACGCAGUAGCGUCCACGUCAGCAAGAACUGGUCCGCGACGAAGCAGAUUCAGGCGAUGGCGGCUACUCUGGUGCCGCCACGUGGAGCAGAAGCCUCUGGAGUUUACAUAAUGAGCAGCGUUAUGGUUCUUGUGAUGUGGGUGCUAGUCGCUGCGGUUCCUUGCCAGACAAGCAACGUUAUCGCGGCGCCUUUGCAGCUUCCGAAACACCAGAGCUGGGCUAGCGCCGCGGUGAACAUUCAGGAGAGGGUUGGCGAAGAGAUCAAAGGGAAGGAGAAGCGUUUUGGUGGAGGGAUGAUGGAGGAGAUGGUGAGGAUGGAGAGGGUUGGGCUGUCUUUGUUGGAGUUCACGGAGAGGUUUAGGUUUCCGGCGGAGGAGGAGGAGGAAGUGGCGGAUAAGGUGGAGGAGAUGGAUGAGAUAUGCCGGGGGAUGGAAGUGGGGUUGGAGGGUUUGAAGAGACAAGUGAGGGAAGUGUUUCAUAGGUUGGUGAGAAGCAGACUAGAGAUUGUCUCGGUGCUUGAUCAAGCUACUGCAAUCUAGUUUAGUAUAAAAGCACUAAUCUUUGAAAAAAAACUUUUUGAUGUGUAUAAUCUACAUUUCGUAUACAUACACACAUAUAUGUUUGGUUUCUGGUAUAUGAAAACUCAAAAACUCUAGAUUAGUUUCCUGAGGCCUGUUAUUCUCCUGACUUGUGAUUGUUUCCAGAAGGUUCUGUUUGUUACCGGGUCGGUUUGGUCCAUUAGUGUCUGAAGCAGGUUGUUGAUGUGUGCUCUUUUGAAUUUAUUGCUAUUUGCCACCGUCAAGUUUGGCAGUUGUUUCUGAUGAAGCUUCUCUGUGAUUUUGUUUUUUUCUUGGCCUGUAAAAAAAGAAUCAAUGAUCGUUUUAUGGAUACAAUGAGCAAGCAGUGAUUUGAUU